UCAUUAUUUCGACCAAAUUUAAAUAUGUUUGUUGGCCCACGUGCAUGCUUUGAUUUUUCACAUCUCAGAUGACUCGUUUGCAUGUUGCUGCAUUCUACGAUCGUGAAUACUGCAAAGGCCUGUACCGUGACAAUGAUUAACAAACAAUAUACUGUGCAGCCCUCCUGAAGAGAUUUACACAUGUCGAUGGGACGCAAUGUAGCUCUCAGACUGUUAAUCAUUCCCACUGAGUCAUCCUCCAUUCCAUCCACCUGGUCUUACACAACAGUGAGAAUCAACAUCGUGGAGCUAGGCAGUGACAUUUCGGAGAUGUUUUCGUCUUUCUUCUCCUCCUUUUUUGUUUUUUCUUGACUGCUCCGGCCCGUCGGUGUGUUGUCUGUUUGGAUCUCUCGGCCCUUCUGGGAUCUUGAUGUGUUUAUACCUCUCUGUGGCCGUUCAGAAGUUUUCUCAGUCUCUGCAGGAGUUCCAGUUUGAGUGUAUUGGCGAUGCAGAGACAGAUGAUGAGGUGAACAUCGCUCAGUCCUUUAAGGAGUUAUCGCAGCUGCUGAACUCAGUAGAGGAGGAGAGAAGACGCCUGAUCCAGAAUGCUGAUGAUGUGCUCAUAACUCCCUUGGAGAAGUUUCGCAAGGAGCAGAUCGGAGCAGCUAAAGAAGGAAAAAAGAAGUUCGACAAAGAGACAGAGAAGUACUACUCAACCCUGGAGAAGCAUUUAAACCUGUCCUCCAAGAAAAAGGAAUCAUUACUGCAAGAGGCUGACACUCAGAUUGAUAAGGAGAGGCAGCUUUUCUACGAUGCCUCACUGGAGUACGUCUUUAAAAUCCAGGAGGUCCAGGAGAAGAAGAAGUUUGAGUUUGUCGAGCCGCUCCUGGCCUUCUUGCAGGGCCUGUUCAAUUUCUACCAUGAGGGAUAUGAACUGGCCCAUGAGUUUGAGCCCUACAAGCAGCAGCUCCAGUUCAACUUGCAGAAUGCAAGGAACAACUUUUUGAGCACCAAGCAGGAGGUGGAGAAGUUGAUGAAGAGAGUAAGAUCAGCAGAUCAGGACCAGAAACCCCCUGGCCAGUGGACUAUGGAGGGGUACCUCUAUGUCCAGGAGAAAAGACCUCUGGGUUGCACUUGGACACGACAUUACUGCACCUAUGAGAAAGGGAGCAAGACUUUCGUCAUGACCAACACCGAGGCCAAGGCUACAGCUAAACAGAACGGUGUGGUGCUGAACCCUACGGAGAUGUUCAAGCUAAAGUCCUGUAUCCGAAGGAAAACGGACUCCAUUGACAAACGUUUCUGUUUUGACAUCGAGGUGGUGGAGAGAAAUGCCGUCUGUCGUGGAACUCUUUUCCGACCACUGCAUUAUUUCUGUAAAGUCCGGCAUGGUAUCGUAACCCUGCAGGCACUGUCCGAGUCCAACAGGAGGCUGUGGCUAGAGGCUAUGGAUGGUAAAGAGCCGAUCUACAACCUCCCAGCCAUCCUGAGCAAGAAAGAAGAGACGCAUCUGAACGAGGCUGGCUUUAACUUUGUGAAGAAGUGCAUACGCAUGGUUGAGAUAAGGGGGAUCAACACUAUGGGCCUGUAUCGUAUAGGGGGAGUCAACUCCAAAGUCCAGAAGCUAAUGACCACAGUCUUUUCACCCAAAGCCCCAGCAGACAUGGACCUUGACCCUGAUACAUGGGACAAUAAGACCAUCACCAGUGGACUGAAGAAUUAUCUCAGGUGUCUCUCCGAGCCUCUCAUGACAUACAGGCUUCAUGAAGACUUUAUCCAGGCUGUCAAAUCAGAUGACCAGAACUACAGAGUGUGUGCUGUGCAUGCUCUGGUGCACAAACUGCCUGACAGAAAUAAGGAGAUGCUGGAGAUUCUAAUAAAGCACCUGCUGACCGUGUCCACCCACAGUAAGAGCAACAUGAUGACCGUGUCCAACCUGGGGGUGAUCUUCGGCCCCACGCUCAUGCGCUCUCAAGAGGAGACUGUGGCUGCCAUGAUGAACAUCAAGUUCCAGAACGUGGUGGUGGAGAUUUUGAUUGAGAACUUUGAAAAGAUUUUCCACCAGGCGCCGGACCCUAACGUGGCCCUGCCACAGGCCCAGUCCCGGCCAGAGUCACGCAGGAGCAGAGCCAUCUGCCUCUCCACAGGACCCCGCAAACCCAAGAGCCCAUACACUCCCACACUGUGUCUGGCUGAUGCAGACAUAGGUGACACGUUCAGCAGCAGUUCGGGCAGCACCCCUAUGGGCAGCAUGGAGUCCCUCUCCUCCCACUCCUCUGAGCAGAACAGCUCCUCAAAGACAGGCUCCUCCUCUCAGCCCAAAGAGAAGGCCUCUCUGACAGUCUUGCGCCGGAGCCCCUCUUCCCUGUCCUCCAACGGGCCCCAGGGCCCGGCCUGCACCAGCCUCAGCAGCCGUGAGUCCAGCUCCAGAGAAGACACGGCACGAACGGACUCGGAGGACUCUCGCAGCCUCGGCUCUGUGCCUACAGCUUCCAGGUCCUCCCCGGCCCCUAAAAAAGCCCCCCACUCCUCAACAAUCGCACAGAGAUCAGCUCAGUUCACUUGUUCACCUGCUCCAUCUGUCAGAUCGCUGCACAACCUGGAAGCUCGACGCAGCUGUGCUGGCUCAGUGCAGAGUCUGCUGGCCGUGGAGCACAGAGACGGAUCUAGAACCGCCCCACACCCUGACCUGCCACCCAAACGGCUCCUCCGCCACCGGCCAGAUUCAAGCAACGGCUACCAGAGACCUGGCUCAGUGGUGGCAGCCAGAGCACUGCUGUUUGAAAACCCCUCACCUGCAGCACCGGCCAGUCCAGUGGGAAGAGACGCAAAGGCAAUGUACUCCUGUGAGGCUGAGCACAGCAAUGAGCUGAGCUUCCCCCAGGGGGCGCACUUUUCAAAUGUGUAUCCUUCGGUGGAGCCCGGCUGGCUUCAGGCUACGUAUGAGGGCAGGACGGGACUGGUGCCCGAAAACUACGUCGUCUUCGUCUGACUCCGCCCCUGAAGACGUCAUCAAACAUUUCAUGGUAUCCAUGGUAACGUAGACAUAGCAGUGACAUUUUAAUAGUAGAAAAGCACAUCCGGCAUGUGGCUCGUGUGCAUAAUUAUUAUGCAGUUUGGAAAAAAAAAUGAAAAAAGUGGUCAUGAAUAUAAAGAGAGCAUCAAUAAAUGAUACAUAAUAUAUGUACAUAACCUAAUCAUGUACGUAUGCAGUCUUAAGCAGCCCUGUUUCUGCAGUCCAAACUGUUAUCUGUAGGAAUACAGAUAUAUAGUACUGUAUAAAACCACUGAACUGCUGUGCAUUAGGCUGAUGAUUCUGAGAUAGAAGCUUCAGCUCAAAGGUCUUAUGUAGCGUAGCAGAGAUUUAGGUAGCACUUUAGUAUAGGAGGAUAUAACAACGCCCUUAAAAUGUCUUUGUUGAGUCUAAUCAAGCCAGUAGCUGGUAAGUAACUGCCUCCACUUCACUGUUUUAUUAAGCAGUGACCAAGCUUGUGUAUCAUACACUGUAAUCUUUGUAGUAUCCAUUAUUAUGGCCUUGUUAAGCUUCGUCAGGCCAACAGCUGGUAGGGCUGCACAAUGUGGACAUAUAUGUGAUGUUAGGAUAAAUAAAAUGGAUAAAACAGUAUGCGAAGCAAUUAUUAUUGGCAUUAUCAGCAUAUUAGCAUUAUUAUUAAAAUAGCAUGGUUCUGAUUGGGUAUGCAAUUAGUAAACAAGAUAAUAGCUUCUUACAUCAGCACUGCAAGGUUUGUGAACAGCAUUUUCUAUACAGGCUACAAAACCAAAUAUUUUUAUUUUCUAUAUAGGUCUGCAAAAACAAGUCAAUUUAUUGUCGCUGCAUUAACUUCCACUGAAACUUAAUGUUUUUCCUUCUCCUUUGAAGUUACCAUAUUGGAGAUAUGAGGUUUUGUUGCAAGAGUGACUAUAUAUUUAAUUCCUUAAAUCCCCUAUAGUGAUGCAGGUUUGUUGUGACAAUAGCCAUUAUUACACAACCCAGAGAAAAUAUUAAUCACGUUUUGAAGCUGUGCACGCAUGUUUUUGGCCUUUUAGCCAAACACUUAAGUAACUCAAUGCUACAUAUCCCCAUGAAUAAUUUGAUCCAUUCUGUCAUCAUAACUAUGUGUUUUGGAAACUCAUAUCACAAUAAUGAUAAAAUAUCUGCAGUCUGAAUAGCUGCUAACAUACCAAGACAAAAACUGCUAAUUAACUAGCUGCUCAUUUCUACUUUAUUAAGCAGCAGCUAGGCUGGAUUUACCAGUUUACAUUUGUAUAUUAUAUGUCAUUAACUUGCAUAACAUUAAUAUGAAAUAACUGAUAUGCAGACAUACAACUUGUGCUGAUUGACUAGAAGCUAAGCACACUUCACGUAGACCCCAUACACCAGAAGUUAAAGGGGAACUCCAUCAAUUUUUCAAAAAAAUCUACAUAAUUAAAUAGUUAAGAUGUAAACAAAGUCAUUCAGAGUGGUUUGGUGUGAAAUGU